GCAAAUAAGAAUGUAAACAAAGAGCCAUCAAACAUUUACUGUGCUUAUCAGAACCCUCGCGAUAGGUUAUCGGCAGAACUUAUGGGAUGGAGCCUACAAUUUGCGAUUGAAUUCCAUCUAAUAAGCUGACAGACAUCAAGUAAAAUGGAAGUCGAGGCCACGACCACUUCUCACUACAAAUUUAUGUCGGCGUUGAUUUCCGGCGGGGUAGCUGGCUUAGUUGUGGAUAUUGCUUUAUUUCCGAUUGAUACGGUUAAGACAAGAUUACAAAGCGAACGAGGAUUUUGGCGGUCAGGAGGAUUUUCAGGCAUAUAUAAAGGACUAGCACCAACGGCAGCUGGAAGUGCUCCCACUGCCGCACUUUUCUUCUGCGUGUAUGAAGGAUGUAAAUUUUACCUGGAGCAACAGACUCAGCAGAAAAAUGUGCCAGUUAUUCACAUGUUUUCUGCGUCGAUGGCGGAAAUUGCAGCUUGUCUGAUCCGAGUUCCAGUCGAGAUAGCCAAACAGCGGAGACAAGCUUUGCUCUCAAAAGCGAACACAAAUGCAGUACAAAUUCUAUGGGACGCCUACAGGACGGAAGGAAUAAGCAGGGGCUUGUACAGAGGCUACUUAACCACGAUUUUGCGGGAAGUGCCUUUCUCUUUAAUACAGUUCCCAUUGUGGGAAUUCUUCAAAGCGAACUGGACGAGUACUACCGGUACCACAUUAACGCCAUUUGCCGUGGCCCUUUGCGGAGCAUGUGCCGGCGGGAUUUCCGCAGCCGCCACCACACCUUUGGAUCUAGCGAAAACGAGGAUAAUGCUGGCUGACCAGGUGGGGAGUAAUAGGCUCAAUCUGGUUUCGGUACUAGCUCCGAUCUACAAAGACAGAGGAAUUGCUGGGCUUUUCGCAGGAGUCGUGCCACGGGUCAUUUGGAUCACCUUAGGCGGCGCCAUCUUCUUCGGCUUCUACGAUCUUACAUCCAGAGCUUUUCAAACCGACUGACAAGCAGCUGCUCCCCUUUAUCCAUAGUGGGAUGGUCCGAAGUCCUUAGUUUACAAGUGGCGACAAAAGUGUUGUAAGAAGUAACACUACAUAGCAAUGCGUUUAGCCAUAGAGUGCAAUAAAUUGUAAUUUUUUAAAUAAGUA